AAAAAAAGUACAACCAAGGGGAGCAAUCUGUGACACAGAUCAAGUUCAGGGUAUUUGAAUGUCAUUGUCGCAAUAUGUAUAUCCGGUUUCUACACAGGCUAGGGUUUAGCAACACAGCCGAAUCGUUAAUCGAACAGAGAAGUCAAGAAAAAUGUCGAACCCAAAGGUCUUCUUUGACAUCCUGAUAGGAAAGAUGAAAGCUGGAAGGGUUGUCAUGGAGCUAUUUGCUGAUACCACCCCCAAAACUGCUGAAAACUUCCGUGCGCUCUGCACUGGUGAGAAAGGGAUUGGAAAAGCAGGGAAGCCAUUACACUACAAGGGGUCCUCAUUUCACCGCAUAAUCCCGAACUUCAUGUGUCAGGGUGGGGAUUUCACGAGGGGCAAUGGAACCGGCGGGGAAUCGAUCUAUGGCGAGAAAUUCGCUGAUGAAAACUUCAAGUUGAGGCAUACGGGUCCCGGUAUUCUUUCUAUGGCAAAUGCAGGGCCUAACACUAACGGGUCCCAAUUCUUCAUAUGCACUGACAAGACAUCGUGGCUUGAUGGAAAGCACGUGGUUUUCGGUAAGGUUGUGGAUGGGUAUAGCGUGGUUAAGGAGAUGGAGAAGGUGGGGUCUGAUAGCGGGACGACUUCGGCAAAGGUCGUGAUCGAAGAUUCCGGUGAGAUAACGGAGGAGAAGUGAUGAGAUGGGGUAAUGGAUUCUGUUGUGAAGGAAGAAGUGUUGGAAGGGAGGUAACGAGAAGCUCUGCUAUUAGUAGCUUGGCCGGAAUAAAUGGUAAUGCCUAUAAUUGGUAGUAUUAGCUCUUCAAACUUCUACUUUGCAAUGUGGAACUGGUUAUUAUGCGUAUUUUGGUCUGACCUUGUGAGGAUUUGCUAGAUCUGUUAGGUUCAAUUGAAGUUAUCUUCGAGGAAAUUUAAUGAGUCAAUUCAAAAUCUCA